AUGCGCCUUGUUUAUGGCGUCCUGUUUCCUUUCUUUUUUAAUUCUUGCUCGUUCCCAUUUUUCAUUCAUCCAUCAUUCUUUCUUUCUUUCUUUUUAAAUCUCUCUUUUCAUUCUCUUCUCUGUUAUAAGUCGCUAUUCUCCCUCUUUCCUUAUUCUUUCUUUCUUUCUUUCUCAUUUACAAUCUUCUUUUCAUUCUCUUAUCUGAUUCUUAUACUUCGCUCUUGUUUCCAUUUUUUAUUUUUUCUUCCUGUCUUUCUUUCUUUCUUUCUUUUUUCUUUCUUUUUUCUUUCUUCCUUUUCUUUCUUUCUUUCUUUCUUUCUUUCUUUCUUUCUUUCUUUCUUUCUUUCUUUCCCAUUUACACCCUCUCUUUUUCCAUUCUCUUCUCUGAUUUUUAAAUUUCACUAUUAUUUCCUUUUUUUAAAUUUUUCCUUCCGUGUCUCUCUGUCUUUCUUUCUUUCUUUCUUUCUUUCUUUCUUUCUUUCUUUCUUUCUUUCUUUUUUAUUUACACUCUCUCUUUUUCCAUUCUCUUCUCUGAUUCUUAAACUUCACUAUUAUUUCCAUUUUUUUAAAAUUCUUCCUCCUGUGUCUGUCUGUCUGUCUUUCUUUUCUUUCUUUCUUUCUUUCUUUCUUUCUUUCUUAUUUACUAAUCUUUUUCGUUCUCUUCCCUCGUAUGAUUUUACUCUUCUACCUUUUUUAUUCUUUAUUUAUUUAUUUACCUUUUCGUAA